UUAUUUAAAGUCUUCUAAGCUCUACUUUCGUCAUCUUUGCAUUUUAUUUUUACAAUUAAAAAACCCUAGAACAAGAAAAACUGAAACCAAGUUGGACUCUCACUGACCUCAAUCGGCCUGAAACGCAAGCGGGGUUAGUCGUCGGUCGCCAGUGAUAGCGCGUUCCGGUAUUUCUCUGCUUCUUUUGGUGUUGGCUUCACAUCAGAUCUAUAUAUACUGAUAUGUCUCACAAUGCAAAUUGCUCCGUAUACAUUGGCAAUCUAGAUGAAAGGGUGACAGAAAGGGUCUUGUAUGAUGUAUUAAUUCAAGCCGGUCGAGUGGUAGACUUGCACAUUCCUAAAGAUAAGGAAUCUGAGAAACCAAAGGGUUACGCCUUUGCAGAAUAUGAAACGGAGGAGAUUGCAGACUAUGCUGUCAGACUUUUCUCAGGCCUUGUAACACUGUACAAAAGAACACUGAAGUUUGCGUCUGCUAAUAAACAGAUAUCUGGAAAAGACAAAACUACCCCUAAUGGUUCUACAACUACGACACCCACAUCAAACUCUUCUCAACGACCAAGGCCUUACCCUGGGCCAAUAAGUAGUUCAGAUAAUUUUCAGCAUUCCACUAGGCAAUCAAUACCUGACCGAUUCUCAGAUCAUGCAACAAAUUAUUCCCAAGUUCCUCUUUCUCGUACAACCGACCAAUUGAGUGGGUAUGGAUCUCACUACAGUGGCAACCAUUAUGAUUACAGUCGGAGAGCUUUUGGGGAGGCAUUGGAUAGUGUUAGCCGUUCUAGGUCACGCCGCCCUGAUGGAAUUAGCCCAAUCUCUUACUCACCUUACGAAUAUUUUCAAUAGACCCGAGAGAUUAAACUUCCAUUAAAUAUUAAUCAGAAGUGAAAGUAGAAUGUGAAUGGUAAAUAUUCAAUUUCUAAAGGAACGCAUCUGCUUAAAGCAAAGGCGUUGUUGUUGUUGUUGUAGGUGUACCUAUGUUCUUCGUUCUCAAGGUAGGUUGGUGUUUACGAACUAACUGUAUAAUUUCCUUGAAAUUGGGGAAUACCUCCCAUGUACUUCUGUAGGGUUAAAGUUAAACUCCAUAAUUACAGGUUUCUUAUUGCUUACCUUUCUGUUCUGUUUCCUGUUUAAAGUAGCCAUUUUUGGAUUGCACUUCACGGUUUAAUUGAAUACAUGUUGUAUUGUUUAAUACUAUCCAUAUCAAUGUUGACUGAUCGGAGCCGCCGAGCUACAGCUGUUCAUGGUUUA